ACUGUAUUUGAGUCGUAUGUCACAUAACAAGGUCCACAAGCUGCAGAGAUGUUGCUUUAUCUCUACUUUGUCCUCGCUGGAUGUUUCUGUUACAGCUCUGCCGACGUUGCUAACAAGACCGUGCCGCAAAACACAGAGGCUAUACUGCCCUGUCCUCAUAAGAAGGGAGAUGUCACAUGGAGCCGCUACACAAAUGGUGGCAAGGUGAAGCUUGUCACUAUCAAAAAUGGCACUGGGCAAAAAAAUUACCCACGCUUUGGUUCCCUGCCUGAUAAUUCACUGGUAAUAAUAGAUGUCACAUCCUCUGAUUCUUCAAUGUAUUUGUGUAACCAAAAAAAAAUAUACCUGGUAGUGACAACAGAUGCACCAGUCACACCAAGAAACGAUGAACCAGGCCAGAAGGGAAUCGCUACAGACACAGAGAACCAACAACCCUCUGACUUUUGGAAAGUACUUGUUGGUGUAGUCGUGGGUGCUGCGUUGGUGCUGUUGGUGAUCUUAACCUUGAGAUUCUGCUCCAAAAACAGACUGGAGAGAAACACCAACUUGGACGAAACUGUAAAUGAGGUGAUUUAUGAGGAGAUUGGAGCUGGUGUGGAGCAGCCAGGUGGGGAGUCUUAUUUUGAAAGUCCAUACUACUGCACAAGCAUCAGUGAAAUGCCGAGCACCUCCACACCAACCAGUAAUAAUCUGUACAGCACUGUUAACAAGCUAACAGCUGAAGGACGCAGCAGUGAGGAGUGUGUGUACUCCCUCACCCAAAAUCCACUACAGACAGGAAAUGGCAGUGAAUAAUCCGCUCUCAGGAUCAGUGCUGAUUGUUGCAAAGUUAUCUGUCACACUUGAUAGUCUGAUAAAUAUAGAAACUGGUCAUCACACAUCUCCACAGUGGCGAAAAAAGCUCAGAAAUGGCUGUAUUUUUUAAAAUUCCCCUGUGAAUUAAUUUUACCGAGGAGCAAUAGAGAGCAUCCUGACUGGAAACUUUACAAACUGGCAUGUGGUGUGAACAGCCCAGGACAGGAGAGCUCUGCAGCAGGUGAUUAAAACCACCCGGAACAUCAUUGGUACCCAUUUACCAAGCAUCAGUGAUAUUGGUGAGGUGAGGUGCCUGCGCAGAGACAAUACCAGCAACAGCCUGUUCACCCUGCUGCCGUCUGGCAAGCCACACGGAAGUCUCCGCUGUCGUACCACCAGACUACAGAGCAGCUCCUUUCCUCAGGCUGUGAGACUCCUCAAUUCAUCUUCUACACUCCACCAUAAAAACAUUUUUUGUGUGUAGCAUAAAGUAUGUAAGCCCUGAGAGGUAAGUGUGAAAAACUUUAUUCUGGUGAUCCAUUUUAUGAGUCUGAUCUAAAGUGUUUUCUCUCCUGUGUUUAUGACUUAAGAACUUAAUUUAUAUUUUCUGAUCUGUGAAAAAAUGUGGAAAAACGUUUUGGAGGUGUAUUAUAUUACAUAUAUAUUACAGUACAUAUAUUGUAUGUUAGCAAGUUAUCUAAAUUAAAACUCACCUAGAAGAAAACAUGAAUGCUUUAAGUCCUAUUUAGAACAUGGGGUAGUGGUGCACUUCAACCUCUUGUGGCCGAAAUGAGUAUUACAAAAACAAGCGCACAAAAAAAAGUAUCCUGGCACCAGGUUUCACAGAUGGAAAAAAACAAAAAAACAAUUUUAAGCAACUUAGAAAGCUUAUCCUGGCAAAAUCUUUUUUUUUUGUUCUUAAAGGAGCAGUGUGUAGGAUCUGGCAGUCUAGGGUGAGGUUGCAGAUUGUAACCAACUGAAGCCUCUUCCGUGUGCUGGAGAUCUACGGUGGCUGACGC